AACUCCACAAAAUUUUAAAACUUCAUAAUAAGUGAAUAAAAAUAAUAAAAAAAACAUUUUUUAAGUUUAUUAAUUAACUUUUAUGUGUUUGUUCAUUGAAAACUGGUAUUUACCAGUGCCAUAUACAUACCAGUGCCAUAUAUACAUACCAGCUUGGGUGAUAUUAUUAAUAAGUAUCACACACUUGGAAUUGUAUACGUUUUAUAUAACACAUACUGUAGCUAUUUUCAUCAAAUAAAUAAUAUAUGUCUUCAAUAUAAAUCAAUAUAUAUGACAAACAUAACAGCGUUAAGUCAAAAGUUAAGUUCAAAUUCACGUAAAACUAUGGAUGCAAUCAAGAUAUGUGUUGUUUGUGGCGAUCGGGCAAACGGCUAUAAUUUUAAUGUAAUCGCAUGCGAGUCGUGUAAAGCAUUUUUUAGGAGAAAUGCAUUGAGGAAAAAGGAAUUCAAGUGUCCUUUUAGUGGCAAUUGUAAGAUAGACUCAAUUACUCGUAAGUUCUGCCAAAAGUGUCGUUUGCAGAAAUGUUUCGACUCAGGAAUGAAAAAAGAUUUAAUAUUGACUGACGAAGAAAAGCGUAUAAUUAAGUUUAAAAUCGCUGAAAAUAAGCAAAAACGAGUCAAAUUAAGUGACAGUAAUUCAGUGGACUCAACCAUCACCAGUACCACCAUUACUACCACUGCCACCAAUCCGUUAGCAAUGUCUAUAAGUUCUACAUUCAAUGGCAUAAAUACCGACACUGGUGUUCAUCCCUUAAAUAUUGUUUAUCCUAUUAAUCAUCAUUAUUUGUCACAAAUAUUGAUGAAUAAUACCAACAAUAGAGAACAUAUUUUGGGAGAUUCUCAACAUUUUAUGAACAAUUUUAGACAAAAUAAUUGUGAUAAUACUGUUAUUAGUCAGCUUUCUUAUCCUAUAAAAAGUCAUUUAGCCAACAAUGAAGAAAACAGUAACGGCUCGUCCAAUAGUAACCACUCCCGUCCCUCAGUAAUCAAGUAUAUGCCGAAUGAAACGAAACCGAAACCUAAUAUGAAUGUCGAGGAACUGGAGUUUUUCAAUAAAUUUUUUUGUCUCAACAAAUUAGAAGAGAUAUUUCGGUCUGAAAUUGAGAAUGACUUAUCCAACGGCAUCGGUAGUGACAAUAGUCGUUCGGGUAGUCCAACACAAAUGACCGGCGAUGACAAACCACCCAAACAUUCAAUAUGUAAUUUAAUACCCGUUUACAGAUCAGACAGCGAUCGAGUGCUCAACGAUUUAGAGCGAAACCGUAUGAAUGAGUUAAGCGAUGCAUUCGCCGAUAUCAAGGAUCCGGAUGUCAUUCAAACUGAAAACAAUCAGCACUUGGAUGCGGUCAAACUGACAGAUAAGGCGGUCCAACAAUUGAUUAAAAUGAUUAGAAAGAUCAACGGCUAUAAGAACCUGUGCCAACACGACCAACUGGCCCUCAUGAAGGCCGGGUGUACUGAACUAAUAAUUUUACGGUCCGUUCAAAAUUAUAACUUCGAGCGCGAGUUUUGGUCGUUUCCAUUCAUGAGCGCACGUGAUGAUAUUAAAAAUAUACAGUUAGAUGGUAUGAGACAACCUAAACGUCCGACAAUAUAUGAGGCACACAAACGAUUUAUGAGACUUAUUGGUCAUGAAUGGGAUACAGAUCUUGAUAUUCUUAAUUUGUUGUCAACAAUAGUAUUGUUUGAUCCAAAAAGACCCGAUAUUAUACAUAAAGAUAUGAUAGCAUUUGAACACCAGAUAAACAAGUAUUUAUUGCAACGUUAUCUGGAAAUCAAAUGCGGGACAAAAUCGGCGGCCAAAGAGAAAUACUUGAGAUUAAUGGACACAUUGGAAGAGUUGCAUACAUUGAAUGAGGAAAACGUUAGGUAUCAUCUGGAGGUCGACCCCCGAGAGAUCGGACCCCUACUGAUCGAGCUUUUUAACCUUAAACCAUAAAACACCCCAAAAAUUAAUAACAUUAUCACCAAUUUCAUUGAUCACCAGAUUAUUAUUAAAUUAGUAUCACAAAAAUACAUUGACAUACAUAUAUAAAAUUAAAUUUCACCAGGGCACGUUAUAGAAGUUAUAAAUAAUAUAUAAAUAAUAUAUUUUUAUAUUUUUAUGUGACAUAAAAUAUUUAUUGCUU